AUGAAAAAACUUCUUUUCCUCACACUUUUACCUAUUUUUUCGCUGGCAACAGUUAACGAUGGUGGGUGGACGACGGAAGAGAAAGAUAUCGUACCUCAGAAAGAUAAAUGCAACAUUGAGAGACACGAUGCUGCUGAGCUGACACAGAAAGAGUUUUUAAAAAGGUAUGCGUUUUCGGAACCUGUCAUCAUCUACAAUGUCGACAAUGCGGAAUUCAAAAAGCUAACAGAAAAAAAUGAAAUGCUUUCUGUCUGGCGGGAUGUUGAUGUAACUUUGAAUUCUGCAAAUACCUACAGUUAUACAAGGGUUCCAACAACGUUCGGGAGGUACAUCGAGGAGAAAAUGAAACCACAGAACUUGGAAAUGCUUGGAAACGAGACGUUAUACUUGUUUGGAGACAUUGAUCAAAAAAUCUGGAAACCUCUACUCGAAAAAUAUCAACAGCCAGACUGGGAACUUCCUGGGCAUACAGCUGCGCUUUCAUUCGGAAUCGCUGGUGCUGGAACUGGAGUUCCAUUUCAUUUUCACGGUCCGGGAUUUGCUGAAGUGAUUCAUGGAUCGAAGAGAUGGUUCCUGUAUCCAUAUGAUGAAAGACCCGAUUGGAAUCCAGAUAAAACAACAUUAGAAUGGUACACAUACGAUUAUCCAAAGUUGCCUCGUGACAAGCUCCCUUUGGAAUGUGAGAUGAAGCCUGGCGAGUUGAUCUAUUUUCCUGAUAAAUGGUGGCAUGCUACAUUGAACAUUAAAUCUUCUGUAUUUAUCAGCACUUUUUUGAGCCCUUGA